AUGUUGUUAGGCCUUCCAGUAGACGGUAAGGCAAUUAAUAGUUUUGUAAUGCAAGCAAAUUCCCUUUGCCAUCAGGCAUUGGAUAUAGAUUUGAUAGAGGGACAAGCAGGUGCUAGGGGACAGGGUGUUAACCUUAAGAGGUUAAAGGACUAUUAUCCAACAUUUCGUUUGGAUGAUGAUUCUUCCCAAGAAAUUAUACUUCAGAAAACCAUGUGUUACCUGAUCUUGCUCUUUGGAAACGUUUUGUUUCCAGAUAGUACCGGUAACACCGUAAAUUUUAUGUAUUUACGUUUGUUAAUGGAUUUUACUAGAGUGAGUCUAUAUAGUUGGGGGUCUGUUGUCCUGGCUAUGUUGUACCAAUCCCUGUGCAAGAACGCAAAAAACGAUUCUUGUACAUUCUAUGGAUGCGCUCUGUUGGUGCAAGUGUGGGGGUGGUGGAGAAUGCCUAUAAUGACCCCGAUUAACAGAACCAGCUGGACCUUCCCAUAUGCAAUGAGAUUUUGCAUGAAAAAGAUGGACUUCACGAAAAAUCCGUGGUCAAAUAUCACGAUGUACCGCCAGCUGAUUGAUCACUUACGACCCGAGGAUUUUAUCUGGAGAUCGUAUCUGGAAUGCGACCAUGAGCCAAGAGGUGCAGAUGCAGCUAUUUGGACUGCAAGAACUUGCCUGAUCCUGUACAACAUCAUCGAAAUGCAUCAUAGUGACCGGUUCAAACUCCAGUUCGGAAUGCAUCAAGGUAUACCUGAUCCUCCAGUUGACUUGGGAGUGUGGCACCUCAGACGAGUAAACCAUCAGUGGAAUCAUCCAAACUGGAAGGAUUUCGCACCCGAAUGGCGCUAG